CACAGUACACACAGGUGGACCUAAUAAUUUUCAUACCUCGCAUGGUUAUGGUGAUAAUUGAGUUGUGGCAAGUUUUAGUUUGCGCUGUGUUUGUUUGUUUAGAUUAAUAAUUAGUUGGUGCAUAUGCUACUAUGCAGUGGGUAAUGCUGUUUGAUUUUCUUUUUUGGUUCAUUUGAUUUGGUUAUGUUUAAUUGGUUAUUCAGAUUAUUAUGUUUGUGGUUGCAUCACAAAAUAUUCAUGUUGACAAGGUAAGCAGUAGAAAAACCUUACACUCAAUGGAUGGAUGCUUAAAGGCUUUCUCCGUGUUAGAAAGUUAGGACUCAGGAGUUCAUCUUUUUCGAGUGUAGUAUGGUGAGAGGAGGAAGAGACUGUUAUUGGAUUAGAACAAAUAAAAGAUUACGUGCUCCUGUUAUAGUUGGGUGCUUAUGGUAAUGGUGAGAGGAGUAAGAGACUAUUAUGUCACUGCACCUUUGGGUUAGAACAAAUUAAAGAUUUCGUGCUUCUAUUAUUAUUCGUCCUUGAUACCCUUGGUACUUGGAACAAGUAUGAGGGAAAGACUCUUUCUAGGCAUCUUUAUGAAGUAUGAUAGUACAAGCUUAUGGAACUUCAUUUGUUUGAACUUGUAAUGUUGUGGAUUCUCAUUUUUGAUUGGAUAAAUACAUGGCCACUUGGAGAGUUGGAGGAUGCUUGGAAGGGAAAUGUAGGCCUUGAAUUGAAGGAAGUGGUAGUUAUUGUUUCCUCUAACUUGCUAUCGCCAUAUGAUUUACAUUAGGAAAUUUUGUCCAUAGUUAAUUAGUCUGUUUUGAAUCAGUCUUGUAUGACAUACAUUAGGGGAAGUGUGGUUUUGCUAGUGGAGUCGGAUGAUAUAUGGGCAUUCUUCCGAAUGUUAAAAUUAGAGCUAGGGACCUGUUUUGAUGUCAUUAGUUCAUUUAGUUGGUUAGUUCCCUUUCGGUUUGAUUCUUCUUGUUAUUUCUGAGUUUGAUGAGUUUUGGCUUUGUUCUUGUUUCGCAUUAAAACCCUAUAUUUACACUUAUUUAUAGGUGGUAUGUGAGCUUGUUAGCAUUUAUGUGUUACUCUGUGGCUUUAAGAAUUUGUCUUUCCUGUAACUUUAUCAUGAAACAGUUUUCAAUUGGCUUGUAAUCAGCUAUUUCACAAGGCAGCUAGCCUUAAUGAGAAGGGAAAACUGUUUAAAUUUGUGUGUCCCUUUUGGCUUUUGCCCGUGUAUAACAAUGUGUAAACUUGUAGUCUAGUGCUUAAAUAAAUAGGAUCUUAAACAUUACUGAAAGUAAGCUCAUAAUUAAUGAAAACUCGUUAGGAUCCUUGUCAAAGUUGAUCAACUUCUUUCUUCUGUCCUUACUUGUAUGCUUUUCAUAUGUAUAUCUGUGAACACGUUACAGACUAAAAUUGUUUUAGUUGUGAGCUUUUCUUCCCUUGAAUAUUUCUGCAUUUUGUAACCGGUGUCUGUGAUGAUGUGUGGUGAAUGGUAUGUUGCGUUUUCUGUGUAUCUUGAUUAUAUACUGCAUUAUUAGAUUUAUGGUCUGGGGAUGAUAUUACAUGGUAAGUGUCCGUUUGGACAGUGUAGUAGAUAUCUAAUGUGUGGUUAUCACUUAUCAAUGUAUCUGGAGGUUUAGGGGAUAUCUGAUAUUUGGUUGUGGGAUUCAGCCCUCUGCAUUCUGAUUCAUUAUGCUUUUACCUCAUCUGACUGGUCUAGUCGACUGAGGUAAUACUUUUGUGUAGCAAAGUGGAUACAGUCUUCUGAAAUAAUAUCGUCACUUAAGUCUUAACGGCUCUAUUCAGGGGUUAAAUCGAAUUUCGGGUCAACAACAGAUCGGUUCGGGUUGGUUUUUGUCUGACUAUUUGUCGGAUAUAUUUGGUUUGGAAGUAGGUUGGUUUCAGUCGAUUUUUCGGAUCGGGUCGCUUUUUGACAGCUUUAGGAGAGUAGUCAAAGAAAAAUACUCCACGGUGAAAAGGAGUGAAAGAACAGUACUCGUAACAGCAGUGCUAAUGCAACCGAAAGAGAGAGUGGGAUAGGCCAACCGACUCCCAUAGUCCCAUGCUUCAGUUUUCAACCCAAAUUAAUUUGUCCCGUCCCAGUUUAGCACAAUGUUUUUCUUUGAUAUCAAGAUUUCACUAUUUUAGGGAGGAUGAGGGCCGGGGGCUCAUCAUCUCAUGAGCCAUGUGUCCCAAUUGAGGUUUUUGGGGUUACGUUGUCGAUUACUCUAUUAACUCUUUAUAAGCUAAAAUCCUUGAAAGUUAGAGAAUUUUUUUUUAAAAAAUUAUACUCCCUCCGUCACAGAUUAGUUGUUACACUUUUCUUUUUCGUCCGUCCCAGAUUAGUUGUUACACUUUUAAAUUAGGAAUGACUCCACAAUUAUUAUAUUGUCUCCCUUCUCACUAAAUUUUUUUUGGUCCUCACACCCUCUCUCAUUCAAUUAAAAUAUACCUCACUAACUCCUAGCACAUCUAUUUUUUCAAUAAAGAUAAGUGUAACAACUAAUCUGGGACGGAAGGAGUACAUUGGACCAAUAGGAUCAUUUGAAAUAAAAACUACACUCGUAUUUGUGGAUUUUUAGGUUUGGAAAUCUUCCAUUUCCUAGUAAUUAAAUAUUUACGUAUAUGUAUAAGUUUUUAAUGUGGUUACUUUCUCAUUAUAGGUAUUCCCCAUUUAAUUAUGUUGUUAAAGUUGAUAUAUUUUUGAACGUUUUCAUUUUUGUUAUUUGUCGCAUUGUUAUUUAUAUCCAAUUCAUGUUAUUUUCUAAAUUAAUAAGGAAGAGGCAACAAUCACUCUAAUAGCAAAUAAUUUUCUUUGGGGGAUUGAGUUUGAUAAUAGUUUGUUAAAGACUUGUAAUAUGGUACCGAAAAUAUGAGAUCCAAUCUCGUCUACAUCAUUGCCAUAGGACUCUAUCAACAAAUAAAAAGAGUAAUAGAUGUACUAUGUAUAAACAGGGACGACCAUUGUCCUAGCAUACAAACCAAUAGCACUAGACCCCUAGACUUUUUUUAAAAUAAGUAUUCUCUCCGUUUCGAAAUAACGAAACACUUAUGCAUUUGACAAUAACCAAUAUAGAUGAUUGGAAUGUAAGAAAUAAGUAUAGGAAAGGUGAAAUGUUGUAAGAAAAGAAUAAUAAAAAGUUAGGUUGAGUGGAGUGGAAUGGUGUAAGAAAAAAAGAAUAAAAAAUAGGUUGAGCGGAUAUUUAUGAAUAAAAAUGGAAUAUAAAAGUAGAUUGAGUGGAAUGUUGUAAGUAAAGUGGGAAAAAAGUAGUGUGAAAUCACUAAAUAGGUUGAGUCAUCUAACAAAAUUAGAAUAAAACACAGUAUCUCUAUUAUUUUGAAAUACCUAUUUAAAAAAAUUGUUCCUAUUAUUUCGAAACUAUGUCCGUAGAAAAUAGGGUUAACAAUAAAAAUUGUAAUAUUUGAUAGUAAACUGAUGUUUCCUUGAGGGUCUAGACGGAGGACCAAGGCUCAUUUAUUCAUAUUAGAUAUGGGGUUCGAUUCCUUGUAGAAACCUCGAAUCUCGUCUAUGUAAUUGAUUUCGUGGCUCUCCUACACCAAAAAAGAGUUGCUGAUAUACUCUAUAUAACAUUCUUAUGAGAUAAUAUAUUGCACAUAUAUUACGUAUAUUAGAGGAUCUUUAGUGGUAAGCAAAUUGAUAUAUGUUGUUUUCAUUUGUCACAUCGGAUUUUCAAGCUACUACUUUUUUAUGUGUGUUUUGCUCCAACCGUUAACCAAAUUUCAGUGGAUUAGUUUCACAAGAUAUUAUUUUUUUUCAAAAGAUUUAGCAAAGAUAACUAAAGCUAAAGAUGGAAAAACAAACACAAUCUUCCAUAACCAAGGCGCCACGUCCUAAUAGCGUUGGCCUAAAGAAAAGGGUAACGCAUAAAAUCACCAGAUAAACGCUGCGUUUCACCUCCCUGUUUAUUAGUUAUUACUCUGCAAGCAAUUUUCUAAAAAUAAAGGAAAAAAAGAAAGCGGCAGAAGUUACAACUACCCGCUCAUCUCCUCUAUGGAAGGCGACGAAAUAUCCCACACUCUCAUACACACUCUUUCUCUCUCUUCAGCGUCUCGUGAUUCGUGAAAAAAAUUUGAAGUUCUGUAUGGUGAAUUGGUCAUUGGCUACUACUUAUUGUUAUGAAUGACGAUGAGAAUGAGGAAAUCUUUUCGGGAAUCUAUUAAAGCUCUUGAAGCUGAUAUCCAGCACGCUAAUACUCUUGCUUCAGGAUACAGAAGACAGCCUGAUGGUGCUUGCUUUCAAAUGAGACUAUCCUACAGCCCAGCAGCUCACUUAUUUCUUUUCCUUGUUCAGUGGACCGACUGUUACCUUGCCGGUGCUCUUGGGUUACUCAGAAUUCUAAUUUUUAUGACUUAUGAAGAUGGCAAAACUACUAUGUCUGUCCAUGAAAAGAAAGCAAGCAUUCGACAGUUUUAUGGUGUGAUUUUUCCUUCUCUGCUGCAACUGCAAACAGGAAUUACAGAAUUGGAUGAUCGGAAACAAAAGGAAGUAUGUGCCCUGAGGUAUAGAAGAAAAGAUGUGUAUGAGAAGUAUGAUUUAAUGGAACUGGAGAAAGAAAUAGAAGAGGAGUGUGGCAUUUGCAUGGAGAUAAAUGACAAAGUUGUACUGCCUAAUUGCAGCCACUCACUGUGCUUGAAGUGUUACAAAGACUGGUCUGCUCGGUCUCAAUCAUGCCCCUUUUGUCGAGAUUGUCUAAAAGGAGUUAAGUCAGGUGACCUUUGGAUUUACACUGAUGAAUGCGAUAUUGUUGAUUUAUCAGUUAUCAUGAUGGAGAAUGUUAACCGGCUGUUUAUUUACUUAGAUAAGUUGCCACUCGUGGAUCCAUAUCCUGGGUCCGUGUCCUAUGAUUGGCACAUUGGAUGAUCAUGCUUGUUGGUAGUUUUUAAUGUACAGUCAACUUAGUAAAUAAUACUUAUAAUAGAAAGCAAUUUUGUGUU